CUUCUCUGUAGUAAACAGUAGCACAUCGGUCUUCUUCGUGUCUUUGGAUUUUCUUUUUAGAUUUGGUUUCAACCAUAUAUCAUAUGAGCCACAUUUCUCUCUACGAUCAACAUUUUUAAGAGAUAUAAAUCAUAUAAUAAGGAAAAUAUAUAAGAUUUGAUUCUGGUUUAUCUUUUUCUGAAUUUGUUUCUGGUCGGAAGAUCUAGUAAAUAUUUGAUAAUGGAUUCAUGUCAUAAACAGAGGGAGCUCCUGGUCUGAAUCUUGAAGUGAGGCAGGGGAUGAAGACGAUGAGUUUCUUCAUGAAAAUGUAUUAAAGUAAGGAGCAUAGAGAAGCUGCGGAGUGGAAGUACAGUGUUCUUUCACUGGAAAGAAGAGAAACAAACACUUUCAUCUUCUUCAAUUUUAACACAAAUUUUGGAAAUGCUUAUGUAAAAUUCUGCUUGCAACGGCUUGUUCUCUGAGAUGUUCCCAGAGUUGUUAUCAGAAGAAGAAGUAUAAAGUUUCAUUAGACCCAAUGGACAACAUCAGCACUUAUAGUUCUCUGGACAAUGUUAUAACUAACCCAAACCAUCUUCUCAUGGAUUUGAUACCUUCAAGAGAAGAUUCCACAUCAUUUCCAACAAUGCUUCCAUGGAAUUCCAUCAGACAAGAUCCUCUACAAAUGGGUGGCUUUGAUAUCUUCAACUCUUUUCUCACUAACAAGUACUUAUCAUCUACUUCAAGAUCUACAAAUGUUCAUGAGACCAGCUUUGAGGCCAUGGCUCCUCCUCUUCCUCCUCCUUCACUUCAUCCUAUGGAACAUCUAAGACCAUAUGAUGAUCCCUCAAACAACAUGUGGAGUCUUGGUGAAAAUAGUGAGUUUCAUGCAUAUCCAUUCAUAGAAGGUGUUGUUGGUCCUAGUGAACCAAUAAUAUCUACAUUCGGUGAAGAAGGUUUCCCAAGAAACGAGCUCUCGUUAAGUCUUGCCACAGAUGUUUCUAAUGAAAGCUCGGAGAUAAGCCUUUGCGCUGCUACUAAAUCUACAAGAAUAACCUCAGAGCAAGCUUCUUCCAGCAGCAAACACGUUUCUAAUAACGUCUCUCAAGUGAUAUUUGGCUCAAAGUACCUUCACUCCGUUCAAGAAAUACUAUCUCAUUUCGCCACAUACUCCCUCAACGGCAUAGAGACUAAUCCUCAAUGCUACUUUUCUUCUCGAGGAACCGAGUCAGAGGGUACAAACUCAGCCUUUGUCUCAUGUUAUGAGAAUCUAAACGAGUUUCUUGAUGGCGGUUCGCAAAGAAGAGCAUUAGAAGCAAAGAAAACCCAUCUCUUGGAUCUUCUUCAAAUGGUGGAUGAUCGAUAUAGUCAUUGCGUUGACGAGAUUCAUACGGUUGUAUCAGCCUUCCAUGCAGCAACCGAGUUAGAUCCUCAGCUACACACCCGGUUUGCACUCCAAACCGUCUCCUUCUUAUACAAGAACCUGAGAGAGAGAAUCAGCAAGAAGAUACUCAUGAUGGGAACGGUUUUGGAGAGAGGCAAAGAGAAGUCUCAAGAAGACUCAAUCUUCCACCAGCAUUGCCUUCUUCAGCAGCUAAAACGUAAGAACCAUCAGAUUUGGAGACCGCAACGAGGCUUGCCUGAGAAAUCAGUCUCGGUUCUACGUACAUGGAUGUUCCAAAACUUUCUUCACCCUUACCCGAAAGAUUCAGAGAAACAUCUUCUUGCUAUACGUAGUGGAUUGACAAGAAGUCAGGUAUCAAACUGGUUUAUAAAUGCGAGGGUAAGGCUAUGGAAGCCCAUGAUAGAAGACAUGUACGCAGAAAUGAACAAGAGGAAGCUGAGUAACACUCCCCUUCAAGGGGCAAUGGAGGAAGUUUUAUUAGAGUGCCAAAGUCUGUAAUGAUGAGCCAAGAAAGGGACAAAAUAAGAGAAUGAUUGUGUUACAACUUUGUUUACGCAAUCGUUACAACUUUUACCACGUAUUAUGAUUGUUUUGACUUUUUGUUAUAAUUGUAUAUACUGCUUGUUGUAUCUCAUAUAUUGCUGUUUUGUAUUUGCAUCACUUGUUACUGACUGUUACCAACAUAUUAUCGUCUUAAAUUUAACAAGUUCUUGAUGUUAAAAUACUUGUGAAUACGACCAAAUACUUGUGAAACACGUAAGAGUAGGUUUGCAAGUGGAACCAUAUAUAGGAGAUGAAGAAGAAAAAAAACAGUUUCAAAACACCAAACGAACACAAGACAAGAAGCAAGCCACCACUAAAUUAGUACGAGAGUGCGGAUAAAACACCAAACAACACAACA